AAACAGAAACCACAGGAACGAUUUUCACAAUGUUCGGGUUCAACAUGUUUGAGCCUAUGCCAAGGAAUUUUAAGACUCAAUAUCGUUGCUAUUCAGUAGUGAUGUUUCCUGGUAAUGAAAGAGAAGACGUUGAGAGAGGAGGAAAAAUUAUCAUGCCGCCAUCUGCGUUGGAUCAGCUUACACGACUUAACAUUGUAUAUCCAAUGCUGUUCAAACUAACAAACAAGAAAAUCAACAGAACAACACAUUGUGGAGUCCUGGAGUUUGUUGCUGAUGAAGGCAAGAUAUAUCUACCUUAUUGGAUGAUGAGAAACAUGUUGUUAGAAGAAGGAUCGAUUUUAGAAGUAGAAAGUGCAUCUCUACCUGUUGCUUCUUUUGCAAAGUUUCAACCACAGUCCUGUGACUUUCUGGACAUUACCAACCCUAAAGCUGUUCUAGAGAAUGCUCUUCGAUCUUUUGCUUGUUUGACAACUGGUGAUAUCAUAGCAAUUAAAUAUAAUGAUAAGGUUUAUGAGUUUUUGGUAAUGGAAACCAAACCAGGUAGAGCAGUAUCUAUCAUUGAAUGUGACAUGCAGGUAGAGUUUGCUGCUCCUGUUGGAUAUGUCGAACCAAGUAAACAGGGAACUUCACGGGCACCAAUGGAUGAGCAAACGGACCAUCCACACCCAGCAACACAGGUUGUCACACCAGCUUUUCCUGGAGAAGGCAAUCGCUUGGAUGGAAAAAGAAAAAAGAACAAUUCAGCGACAGACUCUUUACCCCUGAAACCUGUCAUCAUCAAAAGGGGUAUUCCUAAUUACGACUACAAACCAGGAAAGAUAACGUUCAAGAGGAAUUUAAUGAAACCUACCAACAAUCAGCCGACAGAAAAUAUUGAAGAUUUUGAACCUUUUGGAGGAGAAGGGCAGACAAUCCGACAGAAGAGAAAAAGCAAAAGGUAGAACUGCAAAAGAUUUACUUCAAGAAAAAAAAUAGUCAUGAUAACCAAAGAAAAUACAGAUUAAAGCAAAGGACUGAGA